AGAGGCGCAAAAUGGCGUCCGGAGCUGAAACCGAGGAUUCUUUAGAUUCGCUUGCAAGGGAAGCUGAGCAAUUAAAAAUCAAGAUAGAAGAGGAAAAGAGAAAGUACCACGAUGAAGAUUUGAAAGAUGUGUCAAAUAAGCUUAAAAGUUUACAAGGAUGUCCUAUGAAAGUACGUCGUAUUUUAAAGGGCCACCAAGGCAAAGUAUUAUGUAUGGAUUGGUCAGGUGAUAAAAGGCAUUUAGUCAGUAGUUCACAGGAUGGUAAAGUUAUAGUAUGGGAUGCAUUUACUACUAAUAAGGAACAUGCCAUAUCUAUGCCAACUACAUGGGUUUUAGCUUGUUCAUAUUCACCGUCAGGAAAUCUAGUGGCCUGUGGGGGACUUGAUAAUAAGUGCUCAGUCUUCAGGCUGACAUAUGAAGAUACACCUAAUGCCAAGAAACAAACGGUUGCCAUGCACACUAGUUACAUGUCAUGCUGUCAGUUUUCCAAUUCUGAUCAUCAGAUAUUCACCGGCAGUGGAGAUUCAACUUGUGGGUUAUGGGAUGUGGAUUCUAGUCAGUUAAUUCAAAGCUUUCAUGGGCAUGAAGCUGAUGUUGCAAGCUUAGACCUGUCACCAUCUGAAGGAGGGAACAUUUUCAUUUCUGGGGGAUGUGACAAAAGUGCACAUGUCUGGGAUAUACGGACCGGCAAGAUAACGAACUCCUUUCAAAAUCAUUCCUCUGAUAUCAACUGCGUCAGGUUUUUUCCUGGAGGAGAUGGUUUUGGAACAGCUUGUGAUGAUGGAAAGAUCCGUUUGUUUGAUCUGAGAGCAGAUCAUGAAUUAGCAGUGUAUAGUAAAGACUAUGUUAUCUUUGGAGCUGCAUCCCUGGACUUCUCUAUAAGUGGAAGACUAUUAUUUGCMGGUUUCCAUGACUACACUAUACACGUAUGGGAUUCAUUAAAGUCUGAAAGACUAGCUGUCUAUUAUGGACAUGAUAAUCGGCUUAGCUGCCUGCGUGUGUCACCAGAUGGUACAUGUGUCUGUACAGGAAGCUGGGAUCAGACUCUAAGGAUAUGGGCAUGAAGAGAAAAUUCAAAUAUUUUACACAUGUCAUGCGUUGAAUACAGUAACACAGUAAUAAUUAAUGAUCAAACCAUUUGAAUUCUUACAGUAUAAACCUAGUGUACAUAUAAAAAAUCUAGAAAUUAUACUUAAUUGAUAAUUAUUAUAAUUAUAAGCAUAACUGUAUACAUGUGUAGAAAUCUUUUUAAAAAAAUCCAACAAAUUGCAAUCAUAUUGUUAACUCAUAUCACUGUACUGGUCACAAUAUUGAUGGUGUAGCUAUUCAAUUCUAGAAUUUCUCCUUAUUUUAAGCUCUGAUUGUUAUUGGAAUUAUUCAAACAAAUUGCAAGUUACUGAAGAGUAUUGUCAAAUUGCCAUUACUUCCAUAGCUCAAAUUGUGGCUCUUCAACAGGCAAGUGUUUGCUUUCCAAUUUAAAAGCUUUGAAAAGUGUACAAAGGGUGGAAUGCUGGCAUAACACAAUUUUUAGUGCCACAUAAUUUUGACACUAUUUCUCUUGUUAUUAAAAAACUUGAUCAAAUUAUUCCUAUUUCUGACUUUUUUCUGGAGUACUUGCAUUUUCAAAAGUUUAAAAUUUUGCAAAGCGGCACAUGGAGUUAUUGGAAUUUGUGAAUUUCCGAUUUUAUUGUUGCUGAAGAAUAAGCUUAUAAUGUUAUAUGGUAUUUCCUUGGUUAUAUUUUGACUAAUCAACCUUCUUUAGUAAUAAUUAGUUUAGUUAAUAAUUAUGGAUUAACUGCAUCUACUCUAUUUAAAUCUACUGUCAGAUUUACUAAGUAUUGUCUUUUGCUUUGGGCUUCCUGUGGGAAGCACAAGCAGGGCACAGAAAGCCCAAAACAAAGAAUGRUGAUUUAUUGGAAUAAGAUUCUGUACUAACAAAUAAUACAAUUUGAAAGCUAUUGUGUGUAUAUAUGAGUGUAUUUAAUUUUUACACAAAAAUUMAAUUUAAGUGAUUAAUUUAUUUUUAUUUUAUUACAUUAUUCAAAUAUUUUACUAAGGUCUAAUGUAGCUUUCUUUAGCAUACAGAUCAGCGAUUUAUUAGCUUGAUUAAUUCAAACAUGAAUAUUGUAUUUUGUCAGGGUCAGUGUAAUUCUCAGAAAUAAAAUAUUAGGCCCUGUUUA